AUGACAACCUCCUCAUCAGCAGCGGAACCGUCAGCCGACAUUCGACUAUAUAAGAACCGUGCAUCUUAUUCAUUAUCAGCUGCAUUACAUAUCUUUCAUGAAGUUCCCGUCGCACAUGUAGCGUUCAUCCAUCCAGGGGAUGCUGAAGGGAGUACAGGAGGAAGAAAAGAAACCAUCAUGAAUAUACCUUUGAUCACGGUUAUAGUUUGUGAUGGUGAUGACGAAGAUGAUCAGGAUAGCUAUGCAGUUCAUCGUCACUCCGGUUUGGUUGAAGCUGUUUCCAGUGGGAAACAUGGCAUAACAGCCUCAACCACAAAAAUCGACGGAAUGAUAUUUUCUCCUACUGCCCAUGAUCAUACACUCAAUUACCGAUCUGCUACCUUACAUCUGCGCGACCCCCAAGUCCUUGAUGACGAGACUGACCACGAGGAGAAACGAUCCGCACUUGCCGCCGUGACUGACACCGUGACAGGAUACGGCAGGAUCGCAACUGUUGGGGUACCAGAAGAUGCAUCCGUGAAGCGGACUACUGUAAUUCGAUGUAGGAUAGCUGCCGUUAGUUGUAAGCAACGGUUUGGAGGGUUCAACGGCGCCAAAGAACCAGAACCUGAUACCCCAGAAGGACACGAGAACGAUGCUUUCACAGGAGUUGUACCUUGUUGGACUCAAUGGGGAGAGGCUAUUGGCUAUGGCAAAGACAAAGAACAGGUCAAAGAUGUACUAGGGAAUAGAACGGAAGAUGGGAAGUCAUUUGCUGAAAAAGUAGCAUGGGCAAAUGAAGACGUCCAGGUUGAAGGUUUAGGUAUGAAAAGAAAACCAGUCAAUAGAUUCAGCUAG